CGAGUUUACGCCGAGAAAUUUAUAACGAUCCCAAAAAUCAUAUAAAUAGACGGCUCUCUGUGAGAAACAGCAGUCUGAAAAACGAUUCUGUGUUUGACACAACUUAAAGCUUAAAAACUAAACAUGAAAUUCCUGUUGGUUAUCUUAAUCGCAAUUGCCAUGUUCGCCGUGGCAUCGGCUCAGUUUGGAUUUGGUGGAUUUGGUGGAGGCUUUGAAGAACAGCAACAGCAACAACAAGGAGGUGGCUUUGGAGGCUUUGGAGGCCAACAACAACAACAGCAGGAAAGCUUUGGUGGAUUUGGUGGAGGCUUUGGUGAUCAGCAACAACAGCAACAGGGAGGCUUUUUUUAGGAUGGUAAUUUCAUAUUGAAGCCCAAAAAGAAGUAACCUGGACGAAUGCUGAGACUAACAUAAUUGUACAUUUAAUUUUAAUGAAUGCUGUUAAAAUGCUACGUUUUUAUAAAAUUAUCAAAGCGCCAAAAGAGUAAUGAAUUAAUUUUU